UAAGCCAAAUGUCAUCGACGUCUGAGAGUUUUGAAUUUUCUCUUCCCCUUUACGCUUAAGUUUGUACACGUUUCACAUGCCAGUUUGAAUUAUUUACUUUCUUCAGUGGUGAAUUGCACUACAUUUGAUUAAAACACCAGCCAAUAUCAAGAUAACAUAAUGUCCGGGAAAGGAAACAAAGCAUUCACCAAAGAAGAGGAGUUGCUUCUUCAGGACUUCAGCAGAAAUGUUUCAACUAAAUCUUCAGCUUUGUUUUAUGGAAAUGCCUUUAUCGUGUCCGCUAUUCCUAUAUGGUUAUUUUGGAGGGUCCAUGCUUUAGAAGUAAGCACGUCAUUGGCUUGGUUUGCAUUAGUAACGACAGCUAGUACAUGGCUUCUGGCUUUGGCAUAUCGCAAUACAAAGUUCCAGCUGAAGCACCGCGUCGCCGUGCGUCGGGAAGAUGCUGUCGCCCGUGAAAUGGCUAGGAAACUAGCCGAUGAGAAGAAAAUGAGCAGAAAAGAGAAGGAUGAGAGGAUUCUAUGGAAGAAAAAUGAAGUCGCUGAUUAUGAAGCCACCACAUUCUCAAUUUUCUACAACAACGCUCUGUUCCUAACAAUUGUGAUCCUGAGCAGCUUCUACUUACUGCGCUCCUUCACACCUACUGUUAACUACAUAGUAUCCCUCUCUGCUGCGUCGGGUCUGCUGGCUCUGCUGUCUACAGGUUCCAAGUGAAAAGACUUGUUGUGAUUGUGAAGUGAAUGUGAAAUUUUUAUACUAGGCUCAUUGAUGUAAAAUAGAAACAAGAUUCCCAUAUUUAUAAAAUAAGGCAUAUAACACACUUAUGCUGAGUUGUUUAAAAGAGAUUCAAAAGUACAUACCACAAUCAAAAUAGUAUCGCACAAUACUUGCUUUGUUUUACUUUAAACUAAAAAGGGUUAAUAAACAACUCCACUAGAGUGUAUAACUCUUUCUAAUAUCACAAUUUAUCAAUUUUCAUGGUUUCUUUAAAAUAAUAUAUUCCUAGAACUCCAUGUGCCUGGGAAAAGAAACAAUACAAAAAAAUAAGAAAAAUUAAAUCCCAAUAGGCCAAAUUCUGUUGUUCUACAACUCACUUUAGUUUUAUUUUAUUACUAACUAGAAAGUGGUGGUCGUCCUUUCAGUGAAGAUUAAUCAUUAAACUAAUUUAAUCACAAGACUCCAUAGGUUUCUUGUUUCUCAGCAUUAGACAUAUUCUAAGAGAAACUAUUUUUUUUUUGGUAUUUUCGUAAAUAGCCUUACAGGACUUUUCAAGAUUAACAUGUUUUGGGAGAAGGUAUUUUAUAUCAAUGAUGACAAGAGUGUGUUAUGUACUCAGAUUUUAAAUUAUUUUGUUUGCGAUUUCUGUUUUUAAAAAUAAAAUAAGGGUAAGAAAUAAAAUAAUAAGCUUA